GUCCUAUAUGUCGUGUAAAGAAGUGAAAUUGUCAACAAUCUAACAUGGCGGUGUCAUAGAAGGCUGGACUUCACAUGAGAUGGAUUUGCUGGAUUCUGUAAAUUAACCCCCGUCUGCAACUGCGCAUGAGAGGACUUUUGAUAAGAUGAGAGUAAAACAUCGCAGGAACCUGUUGAUAUUAGUUGGAUUCUUAGCCAUACUUAUUUAUUUCUAUACAGCAUUUGUUCAUGUCAAAACAGAGGAAGAAACUGAAUAUGGAAUUCCUAAAACAUUAUUCAAAUUUUCCAAAACUGCUGAAAUUCCAAAAGGAGGAACGGAAUACGUUCAAAGGAAGCGCCAGCCACUGCCAACGUUAGGUUACCAUAGUGAUCCGUUACCUGGAUACGAAAACUUAUCCUACCGAGAACUUAAAAAUAACCCAGUGCCAAAUACAAUUCAUUAUGUAUGGUGUCAUGACAGAACAAUUUCAUUUGAACACUACUUGUCUAUUCUAAGUGCCUGGAAGUUAAUGAGACCAGAUUCCAUAGAAUUUCAUAGCAUUUAUCAUUUUAACACAACAGAGAAAAAAUACGAUAUGUGGAUGACAGAACUGAAGAGAACUGUUGCAGGUUUUGCCAUUCAUAAAAUUCCCGAUAGCUGGGAUGGACAGGAAAAUGGUUGUGGGGUGUGGUUUGGAAUAGCCGUCCUUGACGACAGAGGGGGUAUAUAUUUCUCGGAGAAUCUUUUGCUAAUGAAAUCAAUAUCAUCAUAUAGGCAGCAUAAUUUUAAGUUAGGUCUGAACAAGCACGGAGAUGAAGUGAGUUUUAUUUUUGCAAAAGAAAAAGACAAGAGUCUUCGAGAGUUGGUUAGAAUGAAGCGAAAGCAAGAUUUGUCUCCGAAUAGUUUCAAUGAUACAGUCGUCUGCGAAAUUAUUCCAAAAGGAAAGGUGUUAAAUAUUCCAGAGGAUAUUGAAUGUUGCGAGAUAUCCAACAUACAUCCUGUAGAUAUAAUGUAUUCCAAUACAACACUAGCUGCAAGGGCACGGCAGGUUUUUUACGGUGAUUCGGCCAUUGUUAAGGAUACUCCAAAACUGCCGGGAAAAAUACCGAAAAUCGUCCACCUCGUUUGGUACCGAGAAAAAGAGAUGGACUUCAUGAUGUAUCUUAGUCUGAGGAGUGUAAUGACAAUUCUUAAGCCAGAGAAAGUAUUUAUACACGGUGAUAAUCUUUUACAUGGGAAAUAUUUUGAUAAAUUCAAGAGAGAUCCUAGGUUACAUACAGUAUACAGGGAGGUCCCUGACACGAUAUUUGGACACAAAGUUCUUUACACUCAGCAUAAAAGUGACAUAAUUCGAGCCGACGUCCUUCUUAAAUAUGGAGGUAUUUAUAUGGAUUGGGAUGUACUGUGGUUAAAGCCUAUUGACGAUAUAAUAGAUAAAGGUUACGACGCCAUAUUUAACUUUGAUCACAUGACACGUAAUGGCUACCCGGAUGUAAUCAAUCUCGGUGUUUUCCUUGCAAAACAACAUUCUCAUUUUGUUAAGUUCUGGCAAGACAGUCUUGUAAAUUACCGUUCAGAAGAUUUUUAUCAUAAUGCACUAGAACUUCCAUACAAAACAUACGAAAAGUAUCCUCAAUAUGUACAUGUAGAGCGCCAUUUACAGGUGAUGUGUUUUCAGUUGAAAUGCCAUCCUACUUUUCGGAAUCACUAUCAUGAAUUUGACCGGGAGCAGUACUUUGACUGGAAGAAAGAGGCCUAUGCUAUUCAUUUUACGUAUCCCGACCCUCCCGAGUAUGCCAACGAAUCUGCUCUGAAGCAGGGAUACAAUAAGUUUGCAGAAAUUGGGCAGCACAUAUUAAAUCAGAAGUACGAAUAUGAUUGACAAUUUCCACUUCAUUUAAACAUUCAUUUAAUCAGUCCAACAUCUGUAAU